AUGAAGAAUGCUAAUGGGUUCUUUUAUAUAAGGAAGUUGAACAAUGUCCACACAUGUGGUGUUGAAGUACGUACGAUGACACAUUCUCGUAUGAGUUCUGAUUUAGUUGCUGAUUUGAUUGUUGAAGGUGUUCGUAAUAAUCCAUUGACACGCCCAGUUCAUGUUGUUCAGGAUUUUAAGUUGGGGUAUGGGUUGAGAGUUAGUUAUCGUCAAGCUUGGUUGGGGGUAGAGAAAGCAAAAUGUGAGAUUUUUGGAGACUACUUAAUGUCAUUUGACCAGUUAAGAUGGUAUGUGGAUGUUGCAAAGAGUUGCAAUCCAGGGAGUUACAUUGAGUUUGAGUGUGAUGACGAUACUAAACGGUUUAAGAGAUUAUUUGUUUCUUUUCAUGGUUCCAUUAGUGGAUUUGAUUAUUGUCGACCUCUCUUAUUCCUUGAUGGCACAUUUUUGAAGGGAAGAUUUAGAGGAAAUUUACUUGCUGCUACAAGAAAAGAUGGAAAUCAAGGGUUCUUUCCUGUUUGUUUUGCAGUUGUUGGCUCAGAGAAUCGAGAUAAUUGGCACUGGUUUUUGGAGCAUUUGAGUAGAAUUGUUUCACCAGAACGAAAUAUUACAUUUGUGUCAGAUCGUAACCUUGGAUUAGUUGAAGUGUUGCCAAAGGUUUUCCCAAUGGCUUUCUAUGCUUAUUGUUUAUAUCAUUUGAAGAUGAACUUGAGGCAUUAUUUGCGUGGUAUGUUUCAUGGAUUGAAAGAAAAACUAAUCACUUUGUUUGGGAAAUGUGCAUAUGCUCCAACUGAAGAAACAUUUCAUCAAUGUUUGGUUGAGUUAAAGAUUGAAGAUGGGUCAAGAGUUGAAAAAUUUUUAGAUGACAUACCAUAUGAUCAUUGGAGUAAUGCAUAUUUUCGAGGGCAACACUUUGGAGAGAUGUGGUCAAAUAUAGCUGAAUCUUUCAAUUCGUGGAUACGAGAGGAACGCCACUUGCCUAUCACAAAGUUGAUUGAUAGUGUAAGAAUUAAGUUGAUGAGGAAAAUUGCUAAGAGGAGGGAACUUGUUAAUAAAUGGAAUGAUUGUAAUGUUGAUGGUGAUAGUGAAGUUGUUCUUCCUCCUUUGUCUAAGAAACAACCAGGAAGGCCAAAUAAGAAGAGGAUUCGUUCAAAUGGUGAGAAAGUGAGGCAAAUUACUUGUAGUAGAUAUGGGAAGGUUGGCAAUCACAAUACGAAAUCGUGUAAGGAGGCUUUGUGA